GGAUAUAUAUUAAGUCUAUAGAAAAGGCUGUAAUUUCUGUAACUUAGAUGUAGAGACUUUUUGAUGUUUCAUGAUAAAUAGAUGUACAUGCGUGUACAUGCCUGUGUCAGUACCAAACACAAAGGCACCCAUUGGUUAAAUAUUAACCAAUAUUGACCCACGUUUACCCAGCCAUGGAUGAACUUUUAACCAUGACGCGUCACUGUCUAAGCAAAGAUUUCGAACUAGCCAAUAAGAAGACAGGACCUUGUGCCUGAAGGGGCAGAAAUCGACCAAUCAGAAAUAGUUUGACACAAACAUUCAGACGACCUUAAACGAACAACAACGGGUAUAAGGUUAAGGUCUGUGAAAAAAAUAAGUGUAUUUUUAAACUCUUGAACGUCCACAGUUCGCAAUUGCAGACGGUAGUUGGAGUUACAAAGCCUACUUCCUCAACCUAUUUGAUUAACCUUGCGUUAUACCUGGAAACGACGAUAUUUCCGCAUUUGGUGGCGAUUCAAGCGCCCAUGCUGAUUUUCUGGCCACAAAAAAAAGUCGUCUGCAGCUGAAAACGUGACAUAGAACACGUACAACUACUAUGGGAGGUUCCAUAUCCAUAAAGAACGACACGGAAGACAGGCUUGUGGUGAGUUUGAACCAGGCCGGACCGCUGUAUUACGAGUUGGUGGAACCAGGUGAAACGUUUUACAGAAGGACCGGAGCCGUACACUUCACCAUCUGUGCCUUUCCGUUCAAGAAGUACAAACACUCGGACGGCAAGGUACACGACAACGAAAUGACGUCAAAGAAAUCGGCGAAAGAACACAUCAAGGUGGUGGCCCCGGCAGUCGCAGGAACGCUUCUGAUUGGUCCGUUCAUGAUCAUCCCCGGCAUCAUCAUGGCGAUGGGAUUGGAGGAUAGCUUCGGGCUGGAGGGACAGUACGUUGUUCAUUCACGCGGGUGGUACGCAGGGGACCAUCCACGCCUCAGAAUCGUCGGGGGAUGGAGGGAGAAGAGGCCCAUGAAACUGGAGUGCGUCCACUGCAAAGGGUUCGACAAGCUCAAAGUCACCGACCAUUUCGACACGUUCCCUGGUUUUGGUCUUGAAGAACCUGGGUAUAAGAAGUUGUAGUUCAAGAUCCCAGAAAAAUACUUAGUGCUCGGAUAGCGUAAAGUUGCACCAAUAAGUGUGGAAAAAAUUGAGUAUCUGAGAUCUUAUCAUUCUGAUAAUUUUUCAGUAAAAGAUCAUUAGAUUGAAUAGUUAUUAGGUGUAAGAAACAAGAAGUUUUGUGGACUGCCUACGAUCAUGUUCAACAAAUCGCCAGGGAAAACAUAACUUCCUCGGCGCCCUAAAUGCCCUAGAUGGUAAAGUAAAGUUGAAUUCAUUAGUGACUUAGCACGAACUUGACACACACUUGAUUACACGCUGACAUAAACUAAAAGCAUCUUCCAUACACAUGGUUAUUGCUAAAGACGAGGUAUGAGGUUUUCGCUACUGUUAUGAAAAAGAAACUCAAUCGUUGCUAUUAAUUGGUGGAGUCCGACCUGGAACUCAAUUACGAUAAUCAUACCGUUCUAGUACUGAUUAUUAUGGAGAAAGUUGCAAUAGAAGCAUGAAAAGAUACAAUGGCACAAAUAUAAAGUUUACCUCAUUUGCGUUAUGCAGAGAAGCAAUGUCAGAAGUCAAAAGUUCGUCUCUCAUACUAUAGGGAGAAAAUUUGAACGUUGCUAAAAUAGAUAGUAGUGCAUUACUGAAGACUGUAGUCAAAUAACUUUGCAGAUAUUGCAAAGCGUUAAAUAAUAUCAAUAUUGUAUUCCUUUCGUAUGAUUGAACAAGACAGAGACAAAGAAAAAGGGCAGCAUGUCAAAACAAAUAUGACAACUUUCCAAAAUUAUACUGUAACGUUACUAGUUAUUCCUAAUUUCGGCAACCAUUUUGUAUGACGUCAUGACCCGUGUUGACCUUCCUUGGUGCUCACCAACCUUUGUUCAGCCCAGAAUGUUGAUGUUUGGACCGGUAAUAGUGUUACAGGGUCUUGCGUCAUAUGAAUGCUUGUUUGUCUCAGAAAUCGUUAAGCGGGGGAUAUUGUUAAUAACAUUUUACUCCAUGUGACACGUUGCACAUAGGAUGACGUGAGGUCCUACAAAACACUCAAAGCAUAAAAAGUUGACUGCAGGAAGAAUAGAUUUUAGAUCUACUCUUAAAAUCUUAAUAAACAAAUCAAUAAACAGACAAAAAAUCUGUUUUUCUGCGGAAUUCGUUGAACACUCUGUUAAAUUUUAAGUCACAGAUCAGUCGCAAUGAGGUCGCUGCCCUAGUGGAAUGGUGGUAUAACAGAGAUACUGUUCGGUAAUAUAUAUGCUGUCGUAAACAGAGAAAGCUGUUUAAUCUGUAUGAGAAAACAACGUAUAUAAACUUCCCUGCAAUUACUGUAAGCUUACUAAAACGUGCACACAUUUUUUGUCACAAUUUGAAGAUCAUUUACCUGAAAUAAAUAGUAUAAAAGUAAAACACGUGGCAUGUGGUAGACACGGUCGUAGUUUAUUCUGAACAACAACAAAGCAGAGUCUCGUAGUAAUUGUAUACCCCCUGGGCAAAAAUUUAAACCUGAUUACACAGUACGUACACGGUGUUCAGCUGCCAUAGAAAAGGGGACGC